AUGACAGACGUGCACGUCGAGUCCGCCAAGCGCGCCGCUGCGCAACAAGCUGUCGCCGACCACUUCGAUCCCACCUCAGGCUAUGUCGGUAUUGGCUCUGGUACGACCAUUGUCUACGUCGUCGAGGCCAUCAAACAGCACUCUACAAACCCAAAUGUUCGAUUCGUCCCUACAGGUUGGCAAUCGCGCCAACUUGUCAUACAAGCUGGCCUCUCGCCCAUCGCCUUCGACAGCCUGCCGGACAAUGUGAUGCUAGACGUCGCAUUCGACGGCGCCGACGAAGUGGAUGCGGAACUGAACUGCAUCAAGGGAGGAGGUGCCUGCCUCUUUCAGGAAAAGCUGGUUGCUGAAAGAGCAAGGAAGUUUGUCUGUGUUGCGGAUUACAGGAAGAGACAGGACCGCCUGCUCACAAAUUGGCCAACAAUACCCAUCGAGGUGGCGCCGCUCUCGCAGAAAAAGGUUAUAGCCUCACUCAAAAUCCUCGGGUCCACAGACCCCAAGCUGAGAACUACGUUGUUGGAGAAGUCAGGACCCCUCAAGACGGACCAGGACUUCUACAUCGUCGACGCUCCAUUCCCCAUGCUCCUCUCAUCUGCAGACGUCACGGCUGGAAAAGGUAAGGGUGAUGGAAGUGAUGGGACAUGGGAAGUCAACAGGAUUAGCAAGGCGAUUAAGGGCCUCACCGGUGUCCUCGAGGUUGGCAUCUUCGCCGGGCUGAAUGGUAUCGAGGCACAGGAGUUACAAGCCAAGGAGGGUCCAAAGAGCGCAGUGACUGGUGGACAACGACCAGUUGCUGUGUACUUCGGCAUGUCAGACGGCAGUGUCAAGGUCCGAACGGUGCAUGGCGAGCAAUAG